UGAAUAGAUAUAUGAAUUGGGUUGGAACUGGGACAAUUUAGAACUUUUAGCACAGGGCAGAAACUUCAUGUUAUGAUAAAUGGCAGUGCAAGUAAAAAAGCCUUGGAUCCAGUUGCUUCAGUUUAUAAGUACUGCCUUGUAUCAGUAUCUAACAUAUUAACUUCAACAUGCCAAAAUGAGGUUUCUGCCAGUUUAGUCAUGGUGCAUUUGAUUGAGAAAUUAGCUGCUGGUGAUACUGGAAGUUUAUCUGUAUCAAUACUUCAGAAGAUGAGCACCAUGUCUAAAAAGCUUAAAAGUCAUCCUGCUUUCUCUGAAUUGUUAGCCCAAUAUUCACAGAGCGGUUAUAGGUAUAUUGAGAUGAUUUCUUUGGAGCAAUUCUUGACAACAUUUGUAGUUGAGGCCUUUAGAAUGGAAGAAUGUAUUUCACUAAUUUUGGUAUACAUUUCUUGUUUUGUAUUUAGUGAUAAAGGAAUCUGAAUUGUGCAUAAAUUAUGUUGUAA